AUUAAUGCUUCUUAAAAUUAUUUUUUUAUGCUUAAAAUCCGUGUUGUGUGAUAGUUUAGUUUAGGAAAUAAAGUAAUUUGUGAUUUUGAAAUCACAUGUGAAGCUCUAGAAUAUUUUUAUCUUUUAUCGCAAUUAUCUCCGCUGACGCGACACCGGUAACACAAUUAUCUUACAUGAAAUUGUACAUUUAGAUAAGAACUUUUUUUUAAAUAUAAAUUGAGGAUGUAAUCAGAAUAAAAGUGCUGUAGUUUCAAAUUUCAUAAUUAAAAUUAUUAAGGGUGAUUUCCAAAUGAUGAAGUGGAAUUUCUUUGUAGUGCUUUUGGCAGUUUUAUUUUACUGUUAUAAAUCGCCCUUUUUUCAUUUAGUGGAUCCUGUUAGUUACAGUGUUUCUCUCCCUGAAAAAUUUGAAGGUGCUCUAAAGCCAAAUGAAAAACUUGACAAAACUGAGCGAAUGCAUGAAAAUGAAAUUCAUUGGCCUGAAUCUUUAGCUGUUCACCAAGGUGUUGUUUAUACUGGAUUGGGAGAUGGAAGAAUUGUUCGUGUAACUCCAGAUAAAGUGACUGAAAUUUGUCGUACUGGCAAAGAAUGUGCUGGUCAACAUGAGGAGCAUAUAUGUGGUCGUCCUUUAGGCAUGAAAUUUAAUAAAGCUGGCCUUCUUUAUGUUGUAGAUGGAUAUCUGGGUCUAUUUACUGUUGAUGUAAAGACAGGGAAAAAAAAUACCAUUUUAUCAUCUGAUACUCUUGUUGAUGGUAAACCAUUGAUAUUGCUAAAUGAUUUGGCAUUGGAUGAAAAAGAAAAUGUAAUAUAUUUAACACAAUCAAGUACUAAAUGGAAUUUAAGCCAAGUCAUUGUGAGUAUUGUGGAGCAUGACACAUCAGGAAGGUUACUGAAAUAUGAUUUGAAAACAAAAGCAGUGACAGUAGUAUUGAAAGAUCUUUCAUUUCCAAAUGGAGUGGAGUUCACUCAUGAUGGUUCAGCUCUACUUAUAGCUGAGGGCAAUAAAAAUAAAAUUUUCAAGUAUAUUGUAACUGGACCUAAAAAAGGUUUUGUAGUUGAUCUUCCUUUGGUUUUACCUGGAGAACCUGACAACAUAUCUCGUAACAAAAGAGGUAACUACUGGGUUGGUUUAUCUACUGCUCGUACUGCUGAAUCUCCAGCUCUUCAUGACAGGUUUUCUGAGUAUCCGUUUUUAAGAAGGGUGUUUCUGCACGUUCACAAAAUAUCUACUACUCCAAUUAGUUUCCUUUUGAGCCUUCUGCCAUAUAAACAAGCCAAAGAAAUAGCAUUUGAGUUGAAAAAUGGCCGUAUUGUAGCUGAUCUUCCCAUUGGAUAUGGUAUGAUUAUAGAAUUUGAUGACAAAGGCAACAUAAUACAAAGUUUGCAUUCUCCUUCAGGAAAAGUUGUGCACAUUUCAGAAGUAUUGGAGCACAAUGGCUACUUGUACCUUGGAUCUUGGCGAAAUCGCUAUCUGGGAAGACUGAAAUUGUAGACAAGUAACCUUAUAGGGUGAUGAUAAAUAAAGUAGAACUGAUAUAUAAAUUGAACAUUUUGAAAUCAUAACCACUGAUCACAAGUAUAUGCAAAUCAAGUUUAAAUUGAUGAAAAACUUUUUCUAAAUUAAGAAUUGAGAUGCAUAAAUUUUACUCAUAAAUUACAUAUGAAACUUUUCAAUUUGAUAAUUUUUUAAAAUGUGAUAUUCUGGGAAAGAUGUGAUAUGUUCUGUCAUAUAACUUUUGUAUCAAGAAUUUUAAAAUUAUAUUUGCAUAUCAGGGAUGCAUUCCACUGUACUAACAUUUAUAUUAAAAAAAAAAAAAAGAAAAAAAAAG